GAGCCGGCAGGGUCCGACCGUACCAUUAAGCGUGGGGGGGCGUGAGGGAGUUGGAGAAGUGUAGGGCCCCAUAGGGCACCAGGCUCGGAGCACGGGGAAAUGGCGAACCUAGGGUCCCCGGCGCGCACCUUGCGGGGCCUCCUACGGGAGUUGCGCUACAUGAACGCAGCCACUGGCCGACCGUAUCGCGACACCGCGGCCUAUCGGUACCUCGUGAAGGCUUUCCGUGCACAUCGGGUCACCAGUGAGAAGCUGUGCAGAGCCCAGCAUGAGCUUCAUUUCCAAGCUGCCACCUAUCUCUGCCUCCUCCGCAGCGUCCGUGAACAUGUGGCUCUUCAUCAGGAAUUUCACAGCACGGGUGAGCGCUCAGUAGAGGAGUCAGCUGGCUUGGUGGGUCUCAAGUUGCCACAUCAGCCCGGAGGAAAGGGCUGGGAACCAUGAAAAUGGAGAGGUUUCUUGGAUGCCGCCUUCAUUCACAAAUUUCUAUCAAUAUGUGUUUAUCAUUAAACAUUUUUUUUAAGUUUA